CAAAGACGUGCCAACUAAACUCUCCGGCCCUCAAAAAUUCAGACGUGUUUUGUAGCAAGAAAUUUUCAUAAAACAAAAAUGGCAGUUAAGCAGUCCAAGAAGUCAAAGAUGACGAAGUUAUUUGGCUAUAAAAAAGAGGUGCUUAGAAUCACACUUGAGUGCUACCGGUUACCAGUGGUGGUUGCUUCUGUCGUGAGUUGCUGACAUCAUAUAUCGACUGGUACCCUGUGUUCCUGACGACGUAGUCAUGGCUUGGUCAGGGGAAAGCUUGAUCGUGGUGGAAAGGCCCAAGUUGCAACACCAACCAGUGUCAAGAAGGGCAAGAAAGAAGCCAAGGUGAAGCCUGUGAAGAAACAGGAAUCCUCCGAAGAGGAGAGCAGUGAGGAGGAGGAACCGAUGGAGGUUGUCCCACAGGUCAAAGCCACCAAGAAGACACCUGCUAAGAAAACUCCUGCUAAGAAGACACCGGCUAAGAAGGCCCCACCACCAAAGGUUGAGGUUGAAGAGGACAGUGAUGAAGAGGAUAGUGAUGAGGACGAUAGCGAGGAGGAAGUAGCCCCAGCAAAAGCCACCAAGGCUGCUGCACCAGAAGAGGACUCUGAUGAAGAUGAUGAGGAAGAUAGUGAUGAAGAGGAGGAUGAUAGUGAAGAGGAGGUGGAAGUGCCAGUUAAGAAGGGAGCCAAGGCAGCAGCUAAACCUAAACAAGUAGAGAUGGACGAAGAUGAUAGCGACGAAGAUGAUAGCGACGAAGAUGAUGAAGAGGACAGUGAUGAGGAGGAAGAAGAAGAAACCAAGGCACCGGUUAAAGGAGCAAAGAAAGCAGCUAAGAAGGCCGAGGUAGAAGAAGAGGAAGAUGAUGAUGAGGAAGACAGUGAUGAAGAAGAAGAUGAUAGCGAAGAAGAAGAAGAUGAUGCUCCUCCCAUGAAGAAGAAGAAGCAGGCUGGUGGAGAAGCUAAGGUGACAAAGAAAUCACAGGCUGAGGAGGUUAAAUCCGAGAUCAUUUCCAUCUUUAUCGGUGGUAUCGUUAAUGGCACUUCAAGUGAGGAGCUUGAGGAAUUCUUCUCCGCCCAAGGUGUUGAGGUCUUCAAUGCUAGAGUCAUCCCAAACAAACCGUUUGGUUACGUAGAUGUCCACUCCAACAAAGCUUUCAAGCAGGCCAUGGAAUUGAAUCACCAAGAACUGAACGGAAAUGCUCUCCGUCUUGAGCGUGGAAAGGAUAGAGGAGAGAAGACCCCCAGAAAUAAUACUCAAAGCACUGGAGGCCGAAAUGAUUCCAACAACAGAACUCUCUUUGUGAAGGGACUAUGCUUCGACACCACUGAGGAUACUUUGAAGACAAAGUUCGGCUGCAGGGAAGUGCGCAUGCCGACCAGGGAGGGCAGACCAGGAGGUUAUGCCUACCUUGAGUUUGCUGACGAGUCCGGGGUUGAGAAAGCAAUGUCUGAGAUGCAGGGGGCUGAGGUCGAUGGAUGGAAUGUCAUCUUGGAUUACGUCGGUGAUAAGAGCAAGAACCAGAGAGGUGGAGGUGGUGGAGAUCGUGGACCUACCCAGCCGUCAACUACCCUUUACAUUAAGGGAUUGACAGAUGAUGUCUCCGAAGGUGAUAUUAAGCUACUCAUGGAAGCUAUUGAAGUAAGAAGACCAAACAGACGAGAUGGUUCUGGAAAGGCAGAUUAUGCCUAUGCCGACUUUGACACACAAGAUUCAGCGAAGGAAGCUUUUGAGAAGUUCCAAGGCUCGCAGCUGAAAAGCUCCUUCUUGAAUCUGGACUACGCCCUCAGCAAGAAACGAUCUGGUGGUGAUGGAGGAGACAAAGACAGGAAGACACUGUAUAUCCGAGGAAUGUCAUCCGAAACUCAACUGGGUCAAUUGGAAUCUCACUUCCCUGGUGCUGACUCUGUGAGAAUGCCAAUGGACAGAGACACCAACACGCCUAAAGGGUUUGCAUACGCAGAGUACGCCUCUGAGGGUGCUGCAGCUGCUGCCAUGGAGAAACUGAACGGAUCAGACCUCGAUGGUUACAGUCUAGCCAUUGACUACGCUAGAGCUAGAACAAGCUUCGGAUCACCAAGAGGUGGACGUGGUGGUGGUUUUGGUGGUGGCCGAGGAGGAGGAUUCCGUGGAGGUCGCGGUGGUGGCGGACGUGGUGGUGGAUUCCGUGGAGGUCGCGGUGGUGGUGGACGCGGAGGUGGUUUCCGUGGAGGUCGUGGUGGUGGCGGACGUGGAGGUGGUGGUUUUUCAGGAAAGAGAACAACUUUCGACUGAGUCUCAUCUCCUCCCCAUGUCAAUAUUUAAUCCUGUGAAGACCCUGCAAUGGAACAAACCCAAGAUCAGAAAGAAUAUUCUUAAAGUGCUGCCAUGUUGCUUUUGCUUAUAAAGAUGUGUAGUCUUUUACGCUGGAAGCAAGUAGAAAUAUUCCCGAUUUAAAAACAUUGGCGCUUGGGAUUGUUUUGAGGAAGCCAAGCACGUCACUUUGUUCAAGUAUCGGGUGAAAUAAUAAACUCAAUUACUCAGUACCUCGAUUGUACAUAUUAAAGCGUUAUAGUUUACUCAAGGUCUGACUCAAGUUAAGCAGCCCAAUUCCAUUUGGGCAAAGCUGAACUCGAGUUGGGUAUGUUAAUUUUGGAGUUGGAACUGGCCCAACUAUAGUUGGGAUGGCCAUUUUUGUAGUUGGAACUUGCCAUACUCUAGUUGGGCGGGACGCUCGAUUAUAGUUGACCAAUAUCGAUCUAGGGAUGAACAAAUACAUGAAAAUGGAUUUGCAAGUAUUUUAUAAUUUUAUUUUAAAACCUAUUAAACCUGAAUGGCCUUUGCAUCCCGUGCCAGCCGGAAUAUUUACAAUCAUGUUUGUGAAAACCCCGUUAUAACUUCAAUUUGCAUCCUUGUGUGCAUUUUGCCAGAUAACAAAUUUAUUUUUAGUUGAGGUAUAUCUUUUUAAAAAGAUAGUGAAUUUCUUUGAAAACUUCGAUACCAUUACCAGAUAUUUAAAAACAUCUUCUUUGUUAUAUUUUAUUUUAAUUUACAUAAGUUUUAAUUUUGUUUUUUUUCUUUUACAUUUUUUGCUUUUACUCUACAAUAACAAUUUGUGUACAUACUUUGUUAUAAAAUGUGAAAUAAAUAUCGACGUAUCCAAGAGGAUUUGAUUGAUAAAAAGAAUAAAAAAUUGAAAGUUAAAAAUUACAAAACAGUUGAUUGGG